CCGCCGGAUCCUUCUCUCGGUUUUUUCUUCUUUCUUCUCUAGGCCGCUUCUUUCCUACAUCUUCAAAGUUGCUGGGCACUUCCUCUCCUUUUAAGCAUUUCCGAUACAUUUGGCAUUCUUCUUUCGCUCUUGUAUCAUUCCAUUCCUUUGUCACGACAGACAUUCGACAUUCUCUCGUGAUUCAAGUACAUAUACACUCAUUCGUUUCCAAGGUGCUCAGGUAUCACCGCUGCAACUAUUUUCAAUCGUCCUAGCGACCCUUGCAUAGCUCGUCGAAAGCAUUUCCUCGAUUUUGAUACAGUUUCGUUUUCCUAAAGUCACGGAUCAUUCAAUAUGAAGUUCACCACCACCACCGCGGCCGUUGCCGCCAUGGCUGGCAUUGCCGCCGCCGCCAAGGACAGCCGAACUUUCGCUGUUCUGCGAUUCACCAACAAGGGCUUGGUCACCACUCGUGCUGAUCCCAUUGUCAACCCCGGUGUUCCCUCUGGACACGUCCACAACAUCCUGGGUGGCAGCAACUUCGGCUUCUCCUCCACUGGUGCCGACCUCGUGAAGUCCAACUGCAGUACCGCUCUCGUCAAGGGUGACUACUCCAACUACUGGUACCCUACCCUCUACUUCCACGACCCCAAGACCGGCAACUUCGAGUACGUCGACGUUUACUACACCAACGUCUACUACUUCUUCGAGGCCACCAACGAUGAUAUCAAGGCCUUCCCCACUGGUCUUCAGAUGCUGGCCGGUGACUCCAUGUCCCGCACCGUUCCCGCUGCCGGCGGUGGUGACCAGCUCGACCCUUCCAAGGGCCCUAUUAACAACGUGCAGUUCACCUGCCCUCGUACCAGCUACAACCCUCCUUCAUACCCCGUCGGCUCUGACGGCUCCAAGGCUGGUAUGGUCGACCCCAACAACCAGGGCGCUGGUGUUGGUUUCCCCGAUGUUACUUGCGAUGGCAUGUACUCUCCUCUCCGUAUGGACCUUCACUUCCCCUCUUGCUACAACCCCGCCGCCGGCCUCACCAACUACAAGGAGAACAUGCAGUUCCCCACCGAUGCUGGUAACGGCAAGCAGGACUGCCCUCCUGGCUGGAUUCACACCCCUCACAUCUUCUUCGAGGUCUACUUUGACACUCAGCCCUACAAGGGCCGUUGGACCGAGAACCAGGGAACUCAGCCCUUUGUCCUCUCCAACGGUGAUGUUACCGGAUACGGUGCCCACGCUGACUUCAUGGCCGGUUGGGACGAGGAUCUCCUCCAGCACAUCAUUGACACUUGCGAUGCUGGUGACUCUGGUAUGGACCAGUGCCCCGGUCUCUUCUACGGCCUGAACAGCGGUGACUGCACCAUUGCCCCUCUCGUUAACGAGCAGGUUACUGGCACUCUCACCAAGCUCCCUGGUAACAACCCUCUCAGCGGCUUCAGCUACGGUGCUGCCCCUGCUAUGCCCGCUGGCGGUUCCGCUCCCGCUUCUUCCAGCAAGGCUGCUGCUCCUGCUUCCUCUAGCAAGGCUGCCGCUGCCUCCAGCAAGCCCGCCUCCUCUCCCUCCAGUAAGCCCGCCUCCUCUCCCUCCGGCAAGCCCGCCACCUCCCCCAGCAAGCCUGCCGCCACCAGCAACGUUGUCAACGCCGGCCAGCCCGCCAAGACCAUCGAAUCUGCCCCUCCUGCUUCUUCUCUCCCUGCUGCCGGUGGCGCUGGUAACGACGCCCAGUGCAGCGCCGCCAAUGUCCACACCGUUACUGAGACCAUUACAGUCACUGCUGGCACUCCUGCCGCCACUUCCGUUCCUUCCAAGGGCAACUCUGCUGCCGCUACCGUCGGUGGAUACACCUACGCUGGUUGCUACCAGGACAACAUCGGCCGUGUCCUCACCGGCGAUAUCCUGCCCAACCUUGGCCCCAUGACCAACGACAAGUGCGUUGCCAACUGUGUCAGCAAGGGAUUCUCCAUUGCUGCUACUGAGUACGGUGGCCAGUGCUACUGUGGCAACGAUCUCGUCGGCUCUUCCAAGCUCGCCGAGAGCCAGUGCAGCAUGGCCUGUGAGGGUAACUCCAAGGAGGUCUGCGGUGGAAGCUGGGCCAUCAGCGUCUACAGCAAGACCGGCGCCGUCUCCAUGAAGGCCGCCAAGCGUGCCGAGCACGUCCACCGCCACCGCAGCCUCCGCCACUAAGGGGUUGCUGGCUAUUUCGGCGCACUUGGGGAUUAUGAUCUGAGUGUUACGGAGUAUUUUGGUUUGAAGCGUUGCAUGGGAUUCCGGUGGGUUUAUGGUAGCGGGAUCUUGGAUAGGUUGGGGUCAGCAGCGGGUAUGAUAUCUGCUGACCUUUGGAGUGAUUUGUUGGAUACUUCGAUUCUUCCGUGUAUUUUUGAUGACAUAAUUUUCUACGAUUCUUGGUUUACUAUCUGGCAAGUCAGUUAGGGGCCUCCCGCGAGGGAAUUUGAAAGCAUUUAUCAAUCGAGGUCUAUGAAUGACUGGGUCUUAUAGAGUCUGAAUAAAAGUUUAUGAGCAAUUCAACCCA